AUGUUUCACCGAACUUUAAUUGUCAUUUUCAAUUACAUUAGCUGCUCAAGCGCCUUCGGAGAACCGAGUUUUCCUCUGACUCUGUCAUCCAACCUGGAGGAGCCUCCCGAGUGGCUACUUCGGCCUUACGUUGCCCCGGCUUUGCGCGGUCUCGAAACAAUUGAAGAAGUGGUCACUCCAGUGAGUCAUGAAGCCCCGUCCACUGGGCCCAAGUACGUCUCGUCUCGUCGACGACGGGACGGAGGCGGCGGCACCAGAUGCUUCAAACCCCCACCGAGGCCUCUGCCGCAGCAGCCCUCCGCCGCUCCCCUUCGCAUGCAAUCUUUCAACGAUGCCGCGGUAAUCGAGGAAAUUUGCUCAAACCCCACCUCUGACUUGGCAAAAUUCCACCUCGCGGCAGCCCAAACACGCGUGCGGAGGCAGCGGGCGAUGCUCAGGAAGAUAAAAAGGCGGCCCGGCGAUGUGGUGACUAUUUCCGAGGAGACUGAACGCCGCUUCCAGACCUUCAUCCUGGCUGCAGCCCUCGGCGACGAUGACGACGACUAG